AUGGAGCGGGCGUCAUGGGCGCCGCUGCUGAAGCAGCUGUUUCUCCUGGCCGCGGCCGGGCUCGCGGGCGCCGCCGAGCCGCAGGUGCCGUGCUACUUCGUGUUCGGGGACUCGCUCGUGGACAACGGGAACAACAACGACAUCCCGUCGAUGGCGCGAGCGAACUACCCGCCCUACGGCGUCGACUUCCCCGGCGGCGCGACCGGCCGGUUCAGCAACGGCCUCACCACAGUCGAUGCCAUAUCUCGGCUUCUGGGCUUCGACGACUACAUCCCCCCGUACGCCAACGCAACUAGUGAGCAGCUCCUCACCGGCGUCAACUUCGCCUCUGCUGCAGCCGGAAUCCGGGACGAGACCGGGCAGCAACUGGGUGAACGGAUCAGCCUCAGCAGGCAGCUGCAGAACUACCAGGCGGUCGUGCAGCAGCUGGUGAGCAUCCUGGGCGAGGACACCGCGGCGAGCCGCCUGAGCCAGUGCAUCUUCACCGUCGGCAUGGGCAGUAAUGACUACCUCAACAACUACUUCAUGCCCGCCUUCUACCCCACCAGCCAGCAGUACACCCCGGAGCAGUACGCCGACGUGCUCAUCAACCAGUACGCGCAGCAGCUCAGGACGCUGUACAACUACGGGGCCAGGAAGGUGGCGCUGAUGGGGGUGGGCCAGGUGGGGUGCAGCCCGAACGAGCUGGCGCAGCGCAGCCGCAACGGCUUCACCUGUAUCGAGCGGAUCAACAGCGCGGUCCGUAUGUUCAACCGGAGGCUGGUCGUCCUCGUCAACCAGUUCAACAGCUUGCCAGGCGCACAGUUCACCUUCAUCAACUGCUACGGCAUCUUCGAGAGUAUCAUGCGCACGCCGGUAGCGCACGGGUUGACGGUGACGAACAGGGGGUGCUGCGGGGUGGGGAGGAAUAACGGGCAGGUGACGUGCCUGCCGUACCAGACGCCGUGCGCCAACCGGAACGAGUACCUGUUCUGGGACGCGUUCCACCCGACGGAGGCGGCCAACAUCUUCGUCGGCCGGAGGGCCUACAGCGCGGCGCUGCUGUCCGACGUCCACCCGGUGGACCUUCGCACGCUCGCUCAGCUCUAG